AUGAUCAUCCGCCUAAGAAGAGAUAUCUUGGGCCUAUCCACGGAACACGAUGGUGUUGAAGGUUUAUGCAAAAAGCUCAGGGUGGAUCCUGUGCUUGGUCUAUCCAAUAAUGCAGCCGAACUUGAUAAGCGUCGUACCACAUUUGGAGCUAACACAAUCCCACCAGCAGCAAGUAAAAGCUUCGUGAGACUUGUGUUCGACGCUUGCAGAGAUCCUACGCUAAUUAUUCUGGUCGUUGCUGGAUUUGUCAAUUUGGCACUUUCAUUCUAUGAACCUGAAAUGCAAGCUCCUGUCGAGGAGACAACUACCGCAGCAUCUCUUCUGGCUGGAACUUUCUUGAAUAACAUCACUGGUACGUCAUCCAUACUCUAA